CGGGGCCAGGACUUGCAUCAGGACCAGCGCCCGGAUCUCAGCAUCAUCUGCGGCAUCAUCAGGAAUGAAGUGACGGCGGAGAGAGGAGUAUGGCGGAGAUCAGCGGCCUCACCCCCAGCUACGACAUGUCGCCCAUUGCGGCCGGCUUCAUUGGGGCCGCCAUCUUGGUGGUGUCGGUCUCGGUCACCAUUUUUAUCUGGAGUUGUUGUGUGAGUCGGGCGGAGAAGAAACACAAGAAUCCUCCAUAUAAGUUCAUCCACAUGCUGAAGGGGAUCAGUAUCUACCCCGAGACGCUGAGCAAUAAGAAGAAACACCUGAACAUGCGCAAAGAUAAGCAAGACGCCGAGAACCCGCGGGCAGGAAAUGUGGAGGUGGGUCUGAUGACCUCCGAGAAAGGACCCAAUGGCCUGGCCACCGCCACGCCCAUCAACCAGCUGCCCAUUACCAUGAACUAUGGAGAGGAAGUGAGCCCAAGUCUGACCUCCAGCGGGAGUAAGACGUCAUCUCCGUCCUCCCCAGAAGAAGACGUCGCCCUCGGGACGCUCACCCUCUCCGUAGAUUAUAACUUCCCAAAGAAAGCUCUGGUGGUCACCAUCCAGGAGGCCCAUGGUCUGCCAGUGAUGGAUGAACAGUCCCAAGGUUCCGACCCGUACAUCAAGAUGACCAUCCUGCCCGACAAGAAACAUCGAGUGAAAACUCGGGUUCUGAGGAAGACCCUCAAUCCCGUCUUUGACGAAACCUUCACCUUCUAUGGGAUCCCCUACAGCCAGCUCCAGGAUAUCGUCCUCCACUUCCUCGUCCUGAGCUUUGACCGCUUCUCCCGAGAUGACGUCAUUGGCGAGGUGAUGGUGCCGCUGGCGGGCGUGGACCCCAGCACUGGCAAGGUGCAGCUAACCAGGGAGAUCACCAAAAGGAACAUUCAGAAGUGCAUGAGUCGGGGCGAGCUGCAGGUAUCACUCUCCUACCAGCCCGUGGCACAGAGGAUGACCGUUGUUGUGCUGAAAGCCAAACACCUUCCGAGGGUGGACAUCACCGGACUGUCAGGUAGCAGCUAUUAAUCCAUUCUAGGGCAGAGUCACUGUACUUACCUCCUACUCCCUGCAUCUGGCCAAUCGGAACCCACUGGGAGCAGCCAUUGCUGACAAUUUACAGGUGCAGAAUACAGGAUGAAAAGUAUGUG